CGCCUUUAUUGCGCAAUCUCGCUAUACAUAUACUUAACCUCCAAAAACAUUAUGGUAGUCGUGAAUAUCGUUAAACAACUGGUGCGAACAAUGUCGACCUUUCGUUUGGCAUUAGUGCAAUUACAAGUUGGCGAACUUAAAACGAAGAAUAUAGAUCGUGCACUUUCGUUCAUCUCGGAUGCGAAAAAACAAUCCGCGGAUAUUAUCGCGCUUCCCGAGUGCUUUAAUUCUCCAUAUGGGAUACAAUACUUUCCACGUUAUGCCGAAAGCAUUCCCGAUGGAGAAACAAGUGUCGCGCUAUCGAAAGCUGCCAAAGAAAAUAGCAUUUACGUAAUUGGUGGUACGAUACCGGAAAGAGACGGGGAUAAAUUAUACAAUACCUGCACGAUUUGGGCACCUAAUGGAACUCUGAUAGCGAAACACAGAAAAGUACAUUUAUUCGACAUCGAUAUUCCUAAUAAAAUCACUUUCCGCGAAAGUGAUUCACUCAGUCCUGGUAAUUCGUUGACGAUGUUCGAAGUUAAAGGAUGUAAAAUAGGCAUUGGCAUUUGCUACGAUAUCAGGUUCGAGGAAAUGGCGCGCAUUUAUCGAAAUAAAGGCUGCCAAAUGCUGAUAUAUCCGGCGGCAUUUAACAUGACCACUGGACCACUACACUGGUCGUUACUUCAGCGUUCGAGAGCAAAUGACAAUCAAUUAUACGUUGCAUGCAUAUCACCGGCUCGUCUACCUUCAGCCGAUUACGUCGCAUGGGGUCAUACGCAAUUAACCAAUCCCUGGGGAGAAGUUCUCCACGAUCUGGAAACUCAAGAGAGCAUGAUAGUGACCGAUAUAGACUUGAAGAUCGUAGAAGAAGCGAGGGCACAAAUUCCUACAUUUUCCCAAAGACGCACAGAUUUAUACGAUACGAUUUGGAAAAACGAUUAACCGAACACUAAACUCGAUGUUAAUUAAUUCCAUAACCUGCAAAUAUUGUACAAGUCUUUAAUUCAUAAACUUUUUUUACCGUUGAAAAAAAAAGAAAUAAACGAC